CCAUGUUUUAGAACUUUACUUCCGGUCUUCCUAAAAUUUGUUGACAUGUGGAGACUAUUUUGAGUAUUAUUUGUAACUAGUAACUAGCUUAUUUGUAACUAAUACAUUCUAGAUCUAACAAAAAUGGGGAAGAAAGCAAAAGUAGGAAAAGCAAGAAAAGAUAAGUUUUAUCAUCUUGCUAAAGAAACAGGCUACAGAUCACGUGCAGCUUUUAAACUUAUCCAGCUUAAUCGCAAGUAUGAAUUCUUGCAGAAAUCCAACAUUAUUGUUGACCUCUGUGCAGCCCCUGGAGGCUGGCUUCAGGUGGCUUCAGAAAAUGCUCCCAUGUCUAAUAUCAUAAUUGGAAUUGAUCUUGUCCCAAUUGCACCGAUUAGAAAUGUUAAAACUUAUCAAGAAGAUAUUACAACAGAAAAAUGUAGACAGGUGUUGAAAAGAGAACUGAAAACAGCAAAGGCUGAUUGUUUUCUUAAUGAUGGUGCCCCCAAUCUUGGUAAAAACUGGAUACAUGAUGCAUAUCAACAAGUUGAGUUAACUCUUCAUGCACUAAGCCUGACCACAGAGUUUCUUCGUAAAGGUGGAUGGUUUAUUACCAAGCUGUUCCGCUCUAAAGACUAUGAUGCUAUUAUGUGGGUAUUUCAGCAGUUGUUUAAGCAAGUACAUGCCACUAAACCACAAGCAUCCAGAAAUGAAUCAGCUGAAAUUUUUGUCGUGUGCCAAGGAUACAUUGCCCCAGAUAAAAUCGAUCCCAAGUUUCUUGACCCGAAAUAUGUUUUCCAGGAAGUCGACAAAACACCAAGACCAACUAUUGAUUUGAUACACCCAGAAAAGAAAAAAAGACAAAGAGAGGGCUACCCAGAGGGUGACUACACAUUGUUUUAUUCACUUCCUGUGACAGAGUUUUUUGCUAGUGAUAACUUCAUGGAAUUAUUAGCUCAGUCAUCAGAGAUUGCCUUGGACUCUGAAGAAAUAAGAAAUCAUCCUUUGACAACCCCAGAGAUAAAAGAAUGUAUCAAAGAUAUUAAAUUGCUGGGGAAAAAAGACAUUAAGUCAAUUUUUGUGUGGAGAAAAAAAUUGUUAAAAGAACUGGAAAAACAGAAAAAGUCUGCUGAUGUGAGUACUGCAGAGGUUGUAGAAGAAGUCGUUGAAGAAGUUGAUGAAAAUAAACAAGAUGAGGCAGAGAUUGAAGAGCUUGAAAAUAUGCUGGAGCAGAAAAACAAAGAAGAACUGGCAUUGAUGAAAAAAGCAAAGAAGAAAGUGCGAAAAAUUCAGCAAAAACACAAAACGAAACUCGACCUUAAGAUGAUGAUCCCUGGUGAUCAGCCUGUGAUUCAAGACGAUAUCAAUAUUUUUGACAUUACUAAAAUAAGAAAUAUCAAGCAAUUAAAAGAGGUAGAAAAGGGUGAUCUUACACAUCUUGAUAAGGAUGAUAUUUUUGAAGAAUCUGAUGAUGAAAGUAGGAAUAAGAAAAAAAGACUAGAAUACUUUGAUAAGGGUGAUAAAAAGUAUAAUGGUAUUGAAGAAGAGAGUGAUGAGGAUGAGGAAAUGGAUGAGGAACCAGAGUUUGAAGAAGAAGAAAAUGAGGAAGAAGAAGAGGAGGAAGCCGAAGAAAGAAAUGAAAAUACCAACCCUUUAAUUAUUGACAUGGGGGAAACCAAAAGAAUUAAAACUGAUAAACAGCGAGCAUGGUUUAAUAAGGAAUCAUUUGCAGGGUUAGAAGAUGAUAUGGAUGAGGAUUUAGAGCUUGAGCAACUAAUUGCUCCACCAGAGGUUAAGAAAAAGCAGAAAGCGGCAGACACAAAAUCUAAAAAACAGUUGCUUACAAAUGAUCUCCGUGAUGAUCGUUUUGAUUCCAGUACAGACAACUCGGAUGAAAGUAGUGAUGAAGAUGAUAGUGACAAUAAAAGUAAAAGGAUGAAACAGAAUAAAAAAACAGCAAGAGUGAAUGGCUUAGAAGUUGUGCCUGCCUCAACAAUAAAUUCAGAUUUGCAGCUGGAUGCAGAGGGACUUGCUAUUGGUGCUGCCAUGGUGCAGUCUCGUAAACGAAAGAGAGAAAUAGUUGAUUCAGCUUAUCAUAGGUAUAUGUUUGACGAUGAUAAUUUACCUGAUUGGUUUGUAACAGAUGAGAAGAAACACCUUAAGAGGCUAAGACCAGUUACAAAGGAAGAGAUGGAAGAAUAUAAAUUAAAAAUGAAAGCAAUUAAUGCUCAACCAAUCAAGAAAAUUGCUGAAGCUAAAGCAAGGAAAAAGCGAAAGUUACUCAAACGUUUGGAAAAUGUGAGGAAAAAAGCAAACUCCAUUUCUGAAAACAUCGACUCUUCAGAAAAGGAAAAAUGGCAGCAAAUAAAACAAGUGUAUAAGAAAGCAGGACUAUUAAAAAAAUCAAAGCCUUCAGUUACAUAUGUUGUAGCUAAACAAGGUGCUGGGAAAAAAGUGAGGAGGCCUGCUGGUGUCAAAGGAAUAUUUAAAGUUGUAGAUGGAAGAAUGAAAAAGGAUUUGAAGGGCAAAAUGAGGAAAGAAUCCAAGGGUAAUAAAAAGGGGUCAAAGGGAGUGAAAAAGGGGAGAGGAAGAGUUCGGAAAUAAAUUGUUGAACACUC